AUGCUGUUGCAGUGGAGUCUCAUCAGAAAAUCAGAAACAGCUGCGCAGAAGCGGCUGCGCAGGAACAGCUGCGCAGAAGCGGCUGCGCAGAAGCGGCUGCGCAGAAGCGGCUGCGCAGAAGCGGCUGCGCAGAAGCGGCUGCGCAGAAGCGGCUGCGCAGAAGCGGCUGCGCAGAAGCGGCUGCGCAGAAGCGGCUGCGCAGAAGCGGCUGCGCAGAAGCGGCUGCGCAGAAGCGGCUGCGCAGAAGCGGCUGCGCAGAAGCGGCUGCGGAGAAGCGGCUGCGCAGAAACGGCUGCGCAGAAACGGCUGCGCAGAAACGGCUGCGCAGAAGCGGCUGCGCAGAAGCGGCUGCGCAGAAGCGGCUGCGCAGAAGCGGCUGCGCACAAGCGGCUGCGCAGAAGCGGCUGCGCAGAAGCGGCUGCGCAGAAGCGGCUGCGCAGAAGCGGCUGCGCAGAAGCGGCUGCGCAGAAGCGGCUGCGCAGAAGCGGCUGCGCAGAAGCGGCUGCGCAGAAGCGGCUGCGCAGAAACGGCUGCGCAGAAACGGCUGCGCAGGAACAGCUGCGCAGGAACAGCUGCGCAGGAACAGCUGCGCAGAAACAGCUGCGCAGGAACAGCUGCGCAGGAACAGCUGCGCAGGAACAGCUGCGCAGGAACAGUUGCGCAGGAACAGCUGCGCAGGAACAGCUGCGCAGGAACAGCUGCGCAGGAACAGCUGCGCAGGAACAGCUGCGCAGGUACAGCUGCGCAGGAACAGCUGCGCAGAAACAGCUGCGCAGGAACAGCUGCGCAGGAACAGCUGCGCAGGAACAGCUGCGCAGGUACAGCUGCGCAGGAGCAGCUGCGCAGGAACAGCUGCGCAGGAACAGCUGCGCAGGAACAGCUGCGCAGGAACAGCUGCGCAGAAACAGCUGCGCAGGAACAGCUGCGCAGAAACAGCUGCGCAGGAACAGCUGCGCAGGAACAGCUGCGCAGAAACAGCUGCGCAGAAACAGCUGCGCAGGAACAGCUGCGCAGGAACAGCUGCGCAGGAACAGCUGCGCAGAAACUGCUGUGCAGAAACUGCUGCGCAGAAACUGCUGCGCAGAAACAGCUGCGCAGGAACAGCUGCGCAGGAACAGCUGCGCAGGAACAGCUGCGCAGGAACAGCUGCGCAGGAACAGCUGCGCAGGAACAGCUGCGCAGGAACAGCUGCGCAGAAACAGCUGCGCAGGAACAGCUGCGCAGAAACAGCUGCGCAGGAACAGCUGCGCAGAAACAACUGCGCAGAAACAACUGCGCAGAAACAGCUGCGCAGGAACAGCUGCGCAGAAACAGCUGCGCAGAAACAGCUGCGCAGAAACAGCUUCGCAGAAACAGCUGCGCAGAAACAGCUGCGCAGAAACAGCUGCGCAGAAACAGCUGCGCAGAAACAGCUGCGCAGAAACAGCUGCGCAGGAGCAGCUGCGCAGGAACAGCUGCGCAGGAACAGCUGCACAGGAACAGCUGCGCAGGAACAGCUGCACAGGAACAGGUGCGCAGGAACAGGUGCGCAGGAACAGGUGCGGAGGAACAGGUGCGCAGGAACAGCUGCGCAGGAACAGGUGCGCAGGAGCAGGUGCGCAGGAACAGCUGCGCAGGAACAGCUGCGCAGGAACAGCUGCGCAGGAACAGCUGCGCAGGAACAGCUGCGCAGGAACAGCUGCGCAGGAACAGGUGCGCAGGAACAGGUGCGCAGGAACAGCUGCGCAGGAACAGCUGCGCAGAAACAGCUGCGCAGAAACAGCUGCGCAGAAACAGCUGCGCAGAAACAGCUGCGCAGAAACAGCUGCGCAGAAACAGCUGCGCAGAGACAGCUGCGCAGAGACAGCUGCGCAGAUACAGCUGCGCAGAAACAGCUGCGCAGAAACAGCUGCGCAGAAACAGCUGCGCAGAAACAGUUGCGCAGAAACAGCUGCGCAGAAACAGCUGCGCAGAAACAGCUGCGCAGAAACAGCUGCGCAGAAACAGAUGCGAAGAAACAGCUGCGCAGAAACAGCUGCGCAGAAACAGCUGCGCAGAAACAGCGGCGCAGAAACAGCGGCGCAGAAACAGCUGCGCAGGAACAGCUGCGCAGAAACAGCUGCGCAGAAACAGCUGCGCAGGAACAGCUGCGCAGGAACAGCUGCGCAGAAACAGCUGCGCAGAAACAGCUGCGCAGAAACAGCUGCGCAGGAACAGCUGCGCAGGAACAGCUGCGCAGAAACAGCUGCGCAGAAACAGCUGCGCAGAAACAGCUGCGCAGAAACAGCUGCGCAGGAACAGCUACGCAGAAACAGCUGCGCAGAAACAGCUGCGCAGAAACAGCUGCGCAGAAACAGCUGCGCAGAAACAGCUGCGCAGAAACAGCUGCGCAGAGACAGCUGCGCAGAAACAGCUGCGCAGAGACAGCUGCGCAGAAACAGCUGCGCAGAAACAGCUGCGCAGAAACAGCUGCGCAGAAACAGCUGCGCAGAAACAGCUGCGCAGAAACAGCUGCGCAGAAACAGCUGCGCAGAAACAGCUGCGCAGAAACAGCUGCGCAGAAACAGCGGCGCAGAAACAGCGGCGCAGAAACAGCGGAUCUCUAGACCACGCGCGCGUACGGAGUUCGUCACCCAUGCUGUUGCAGUGAAGUCUCAUCAGAAAAUCAGAAACAGCUGCGCGGAGACGGCUGCGCAGAAGCGGCUGCGCGGAAGCGGCUGCGCGGAAACGGCUGCGCGGAAACGGCUGCGCGGAAACGGCUGCGCGAGAACAGCUGCGCGAGAACAGGUGCGCGGGAACAGGUGCGCGGGAACAGCUGCGCAGGAACAGCUGCGCAGGAACAGCUGCGCAGGAACAGCUGCGCAGGAACAGGUGCGCAGGAACAGGUGCGCAAAAACAGGUGCGCAAAAACAGGUGCGCAGGAACAGGUGCGCAGGAACAGCUGCGCAGGAACAGCUGCGCAGGAACAGCUGCGCAGGAACAGCUGCGCAGAAACAGCUGCGCAGGAACAGCUGCGCAGAAACAGCUGCGCAGAAACAGCUUCGCAGAAACAGCUGCGCAGAAACAGCAGCGCAGGAACGGCUGCGCAGAAACGGCUGCGCAGAAACGGCUGCGCAGAAACGGCUGCGCAGAAACGGCUGCGCAGAAACGGCUGCGCAGAAACGGCUGCGCAGAAACGGCUGCGCAGAAACGGCUCCGCAGAAACGGCUGCGCAGAAACGGCUGCGCAGAAACGGCUGCGCAGAAACGGCUGCGCAGAAACGGCUGCGCAGAAACGGCUGCGCAGAAACAGCUGCGCAGAAACAGCUGCGCAGAAACAGCUGCGCAGAAACAGCUGCGCAGAAGCAGCUGCGCAGAAGCAGCUGCGCAGAAGCAGCUGCGCAGAAGCAGCUGCGCAGAAGCAGCUGCGCAGAAGCAGCUGCGCAGAAACAGCUGCGCAGAAACAGCUGCGCAGAAACAGCUGCGCAGGAACAGCUGCGCAGGAACAGCUGCGCAGGAACAGCUGCGCAGGAACAGCUGCGCAGGAACAGCUGCGCAGGAACAGCUGAACAGGAACAGCUGCGCAGGAACAGCUGCGCAGGAACAGCUGCGCAGAAACAGCUGCGCAGGAACAGCUGCGCAGGAACAGCUGCGCAGGAACAGCUGCGCAGGAACAGCUGCGCAGAAACAGCUGCGCAGAAACAGCUUCGCAGAAACAGCUGCGCAGAAACAGCUGCGCAGGAACAGCUGCGCAGGAACAGCUGCGCAGGAACAGCUGCGCAGGAACAGCUGCGCAGGAACAGCUGCGCAGGUACAGCUGCGCAGGAACAGCUGCGCAGGAACAGCUGCGCAGGAACAGCUGCGCAGGUACAGCUGCGCAGGAACAGUUGCGCAGGAGCAGCUGCGCAGGAACAGCUGCGCAGGAACAGCUGCGCAGAAACAGCUGCGCAGGAACAGCUGCGCAGAAACAGCUGCGCAGAAACAGCUGCGCAGGAACAGCUGCGCAGGAACAGCUGCGCAGGAACAGCUGCGCAGGAACAGCUGCGCAGGAACAGCUGCGCAGAAACAGCUGCGCAGAAACAGCUGCGCAGGAACAGCUGCGCAGGAACAGCUGCGCAGGAACAGCUGCGCAGGAACAGCUGCGCAGAAACUGCUGCGCAGAAACUGCUGCGCAGAAACUGCUGCGCAGAAACAGCUGCGCAAUAACAGCUGCGCAGGAACAGCUGCGCAGGAACAGCUGCGCAGGAACAGCUGCGCAGGAACAGCUGCGCAGGAACAGCUGCGCAGGAACAGCUGCGCAGGAACAGCUGCGCAGAAACAGCUGCGCAGGAACAGCUGCGCAGAAACAGCUGCGCAGGAACAGCUGCACAGAAACAACUGCACAGAAACAACUGCGCAGAAACAGCUGCGCAGGAACAGCUGCGCAGAAACAGCUGCGCAGAAACAGCUGCGCAGAAACAGCUUCGCAGAAACAGCUGCGCAGAAACAGCUGCGCAGAAACAGCUGCGCAGGAACAGCUGCGCAGGAACAGCUGCGCAGAAACAGCUGCGCAGAAACAGCUGCGCAGGAACAGCUGCGCAGAAACAGCUGCACAGAAACAGCUGCGCAGGAACAGCUGCGCAGAAACAGCUGCGCAGAAACAGCUGCGCAGAAACAGCUGCGCAGAAACAGCUGCGCAGAAACAGCUGCGCAGAAACAGCUGCGCAGGAACAGCUGCGCAGGAACAGCUGCGCAGAAACAGCUGCGCAGGAGCAGCUGCGCAGGAACAGCUGCGCAGGAACAGCUGCGCAGGAACAGCUGCGCAGGAACAGCUGCGCAGGAACAGGUGCGCAGGAACAGGUGCGCAGGAACAGGUGCGGAGGAACAGGUGCGCAGGAACAGCUGCGCAGGAACAGGUGCGCAGGAGCAGGUGCGCAGGAACAGCUGCGCAGGAACAGCUGCGCAGGAACAGCUGCGCAGGAACAGGUGCGCAGGAACAGGUGCGCAGGAACAGGUGCGCAGGAACAGCUGCGCAGAAACAGCUGCGCAGAAACAGCUGCGCAGAAACAGCUGCGCAGAAACAGCUGCGCAGAAACAGCUGCGCAGAAACAGCUGCGCAGAAACAGCUGCGCAGAAACAGCUGCGCAGAAACAGCUCCGCAGAGACAGCUGCGCAGAGACAGCUGCGCAGAGACAGCUGCGCAGAGACAUCUGCGCAGUUACAGCUGCGCAGAAACAGCUGCGCAGAAACAGCUGCGCAGAAACAGCUGCGCAGAAACAGCUGCGCAGAAACAGCUGCGCAGAAACAGCUGCGCAGAAACAGCUGCGCAGAAACAGCUGCGCAGAAACAGCUGCGCAGAAACAGCUGCGCAGAAACAGAUGCGAAGAAACAGCUGCGCAGAAACAGCUGCGCAGAAACAGCGGUGCAGAAACAGCGGCGCAGAAACAGCUGCGCAGGAACAGCUGCGCAGGAACAGCUGCGCAGAAACAGCUGCGCAGAAACAGCUGCGCAGGAACAGCUGCGCAGAAACAGCUGCGCAGAAACAGCUGCGCAGAAACAGCUGCGCAGGAACAGCUGCGCAGGAACAGCUGCGCAGAAACAGCUGCGCAGAAACAGCUGCGCAGAAACAGCUGCGCAGAAACAGCUUCGCAGAAACAGCUGCGCAGGAACAGCUACGCAGAAACAGCUGCGCAGAAACAGCUGCGCAGAAACAGCUGCGCAGAAACAGCUGCGCAGAAACAGCUGCGCAGAAACAGCUGCGAAGAAACAGCUGCGCAGAGACAGCUGCGCAGAGACAGCUGCGCAGAAACAGCUGCGAAGAAACAGCUGCGCAGAAACAGCUGCGCAGAAACAGCUGCGCAGAAACAGCUGCGCAGAAACAGCUGCGCAGAAACAGCUGCGCAGAAACAGCUGCGCAGAAACAGCUGCGCAGAAACAGCGGCGCAGAAACAGCGGCGCAGAAACACUCUAUAGCCUCCGGUUACAGGAGCGUACCUCCAUGUUCAAUGUUUUUUGGGCAGUUGAACAUCUGCGCGGAGACGGCUGCGCAGAAGCGGCUGCGCGGAAGCGGCUGCGCGGAAACGGCUGCGCGGAAACGGCUGCGCGGAAACGGCUGCGCGAGAACAGCUGCGCGAGAACAGGUGCGCGGGAACAGCUGCGCGGGAACAGCUGCGCAGGAACAGCUGCGCAGGAACAGCUGCGCAGGAACAGGUGCGCAAAAACAGGUGCGCAGGAACAGCUGCGCAGGAACAGCUGCGCAGGAACAGCUGCGCAGGAACAGCUGCGCAGGAACAGCUGCGCAGAAACAGCUGCGCAGAAGCAGCUGCGCAGAAGCAGCUGCGCAGAAACAGCUGCGCAGAAACAGCUGCGCAGAUACAGCUGCGCAGAUACAGCUGCGCUGAAACAGCUGCGCAGAAACAGCUGCGCAGGAACAGCUGCGCAGAAACAGCUGCGCAGGAACAGCUGCGCAGGAACAGCUGCGCAGGAACAGCUGCGCAGGAACAGCUGCGCAGGAACAGCUGCGCAGGAACAGCUGCGCAGAAACAGCUGCGCAGGAACAGCUGCACAGGAACAGCUGCGCAGGAACAGCUGCGCAGGAACAGCUGCGCAGGAACAGCUGCGCAGGAACAGCUGCGCAGAAACAGCUGCGCAGAAACAGCUGCGCAGAAACAGCUGCGCAGAAACAGCUGCGCAGAAACAGCUGCGCAGGAACAGCUGCGCAGGAACAGCUGCGCAGGAACAGCUGCGCAGGAACAGCUGCGCAGGAACAGCUGCGCAGGUACAGCUGCGCAGGAACAGCUGCGCAGGAACAGCUGCGCAGGAACAGCUGCGCAGGAACAGCUGCGCAGGAACAGUUGCGCAGGAGCAGCUGCGCAGGAACAGCUGCGCAGGAACAGCUGCGCAGAAACAGCUGCGCAGGAACAGCUGCGCAGAAACAGCUGCGCAGAAACAGCUGCGCAGGAACAGCUGCGCAGGAACAGCUGCGCAGGAACAGCUGCGCAGGAACAGCUGCGCAGAAACAGCUGCGCAGAAACAGCUGCGCAGAAACAGCUGCGCAGGAACAGCUGCGCAGGAACAGCUGCGCAGGAACAGCUGCGCAGGAACAGCUGCGCAGAAACUGCUGCGCAGAAACUGCUGCGCAGAAACAGCUGCGCAGAAACAGCUGCGCAGGAACAGCUGCACAGAAACAGCUGCGCAGAAACAGCUGCGCAGAAACAGCUUCGCAGAAACAGCUGCGCAGAAACAGCUGCGCAGAAACAGCUGCGCAGGAACAGCUGCGCAGAAACAGCUGCGCAGAAACAGCUGCGCAGGAACAGCUGCGCAGGAACAGCUGCGCAGAAACAGCUGCGCAGGAACAGCUGCGCAGAAACAGCUGCGCAGGAACAGCUGCGCAGGAACAGCUGCGCAGGAACAGCUGCGCAGGAACAGCUGCGCAGAAACAGCUGCGCAGAAACAGCUGCGCAGAAACAGCUGCGCAGAAACAGCUGCGCAGGAACAGCUGCGCAGGAACAGCUGCGCAGGAACAGCUGCGCAGGAACAGCUGCGCAGGAACAGCUGCGCAGGAACAGCUGCGCAGGAACAGCUGCGCAGGUACAGCUGCGCAGGAACAGCUGCGCAGGAACAGCUGCGCAGGAACAGCUGCGCAGGAACAGCUGCGCAGGUACAGCUGCGCAGGAACAGUUGCGCAGGAGCAGCUGCGCAGGAACAGCUGCGCAGGAACAGCUGCGCAGAAACAGCUGCGCAGGAACAGCUGCGCAGAAACAGCUGCGCAGAAACAGCUGCGCAGGAACAGCUGCGCAGGAACAGCUGCGCAGGAGCAGCUGUGCAGGAACAGCUGCGCAGGAACAGCUGCGCAGAAACAGCUGCGCAGAAACAGCUGCGCAGAAACAGCUGCGCAGAAACAGCUGCGCGGGAACAGCUGCGCAGGAACAGCUGCGCAGGAACAGCUGCGCAGGAACAGCUGCGCAGGAACAGCUGCGCAGAAACUGCUGCGCAGAAACUGCUGCGCAGAAACAGCUGCGCAGAAACAGCUGCGCAGGAACAGCUGCGCAGGAACAGCUGCGCAGGAACAGCUGCGCAGGAACAGCUGCGCAGGAACAGCUGCGCAGGAACAGCUGCGCAGGAACAGCUGCGCUGGAACAGCUGCGCAGAAACAGCUGCGCAGAAACAGCUGCGCAGAAACAGCUGCGCAGAAACAGCUGCGCAGAAACAGCUGCGCAGGAACAGCUGCGCAGGAACAGCUGCGCAGGAACAGCUGCGCAGGAACAGCUGCGCAGGAACAGCUGCGCAGGAACAGCUGCGCAGGAACAGCUGCGCAGGAACAGCUGCGCAGGAACAGCUGCGCAGGAACAGUUGCGCAGGAGCAGCUGCGCAGGAACAGCUGCGCAGGAACAGCUGCGCAGAAACAGCUGCGCAGGAACAGCUGCGCAGAAACAGCUGCGCAGAAACAGCUGCGCAGGAACAGCUGCGCAGGAACAGCUGCGCAGGAACAGCUGCGCAGGAACAGCUGCGCAGAAACAGCUGCGCAGAAACAGCUGCGCAGAAACAGCUGCGCAGGAACAGCUGCGCAGGAACAGCUGCGCAGGAACAGCUGCGCAGGAACAGCUGCGCAGGAACAGCUGCGCAGGAACAGCUGCGCAGAAACAGCUGCGCAGAAACAGCUGCGCAGAAACAGCUGCGCAGGAACAGCUGCGCAGGAACAGCUGCGCAGGAACAGCUGCGCAGGAACAGCUGCGCAGGAACAGCUGCGCAGGAACAGCUGCGCAGGUACAGCUGCGCAGGAACAGUUGCGCAGGAGCAGCUGCGCAGGAACAGCUGCGCAGGAACAGCUGCGCAGAAACAGCUGCGCAGGAACAGCUGCGCAGAAACAGCUGCGCAGAAACAGCUGCGCAGGAACAGCUGCGCAGGAACAGCUGCGCAGGAGCAGCUGUGCAGGAACAGCUGCGCAGGAACAGCUGCGCAGAAACAGCUGCGCAGAAACAGCUGCGCAGAAACAGCUGCGCAGAAACAGCUGCGCGGGAACAGCUGCGCAGGAACAGCUGCGCAGGAACAGCUGCGCAGGAACAGCUGCGCAGGAACAGCUGCGCAGAAACUGCUGCGCAGAAACUGCUGCGCAGAAACAGCUGCGCAGAAACAGCUGCGCAGGAACAGCUGCGCAGGAACAGCUGCGCAGGAACAGCUGCGCAGGAACAGCUGCGCAGGAACAGCUGCGCAGGAACAGCUGCGCAGGAACAGCUGCGCUGGAACAGCUGCGCAGAAACAGCUGCGCAGGAACAGCUGCGCAGAAACAGCUGCGCAGGAACAGCUGCGCAGAAACAACUGCGCAGAAACAACUGCGCAGAAACAGCUGCGCAGAAACAGCUGCGCAGAAACAGCUGCGCAGAAACAGCUUCGCAGAAACAGCUGCGCAGAAACAGCUGCGCAGAAACAGCUGCGCAGGAACAGCUGCGCAGAAACAGCUGCGCAGAAACAGCUGCGCAGAAACAGCUGCGCAGAAACAGCUGCGCAGAAACAGCUGCGCAGAAACAGCUGCGCAGAAACAGUUGCGCAGGAACAGCUGCGCAGAAACAGCUGCGCAGGAGCAGCUGCGCAUGAACAGCUGCGCAGGAACAGCUGCGCAGGAACAGCUGCGCAGGAACAGCUGCGCAGGAACAGGUGCGCAGGAACAGGUGCGCAGGAACAGGUGCGGAGGAACAGGUGCGCAGGAACAGCUGCGCAGGAACAGGUGCGCAGGAGCAGGUGCGCAGGAACAGCUGUGCAGGAACAGCUGCGCAGGAACAGCUGCGCAGGAACAGGUGCGCAGGAACAGGUGCGCAGGAACAGGUGCGCAGGAACAGGUGCGCAGAAACAGCUGCGCAGAAACAGCUGCGCAGAAACAGCUGCGCAGAAACAGCUGCGCAGAAACAGCUGCGCAGAAACAGCUGCGCAGAAACAGCUGCGCAGAAACAGCUGCGCAGAAACAGCUGCGCAGAAACAGCUCCGCAGAAACAGCUGCGCAGAGACAGCUGCGCAGAGACAGCUGCGCAGAGACAUCUGCGCAGUUACAGCUGCGCAGAAACAGCUGCGCAGAAACAGCUGCGUAGAAACAGCUGCGCAGAAACAGCUGCGCAGAAACAGCUGCGCAGGAACAGCUGCGCAGAAACAGCUGCGCAGAAACAGCUGCGCAGAAACAGCUGCGCAGGAACAGCUGCGCAGGAACAGCUGCGCAGAAACAGCUGCGCAGAAACAGCUGCGCAGAAACAGCUGCGCAGAAACAGCUGCGCAGAAACAGCUGCGCAGGAACAGCUACGCAGAAACAGCUGCGCAGAAACAGCUGCGCAGAAACAGCUGCGCAGAAACAGCUGCGCAGAAACAGCUGCGCAGAAACAGCUGCGCAGAAACAGCUGCGCAGAAACAGCUGCGCAGAAACAGCUGCGCAGAGACAGCUGCGCAGAAACAGCUGCGAAGAAACAGGUUCGCAGAAACAGCUGCGCAGAAACAGCUGCGCAGAAAAAGCUGCGCAGAAACAGCUGCGCAGAAACAGCUGCGCAGAAACAGCUGCGCAGAAACAGCUGCGCAGAAACAGCUGCGCAGAAACAGCUGCGCAGAAACAGCGGCGCAGAAACAGCGGAUCUCUAGACCACGCGCGCGUACGGAGUUCGUCACCCAUGCUGUUGCAGUGAAGUCUCAUCAGAAAAUCAGAAACAGCUGCGCGGAGACGGCUGCGCAGAAGCGGCUGCGCGGAAGCGGCUAUGCGGAAACGGCUGCGCGGAAACGGCUGCGCGGAAACGGCUGCGCGGAAACGGCUGCGCGAGAACAGCUGCGCGAGAAUAGGUGCGCGGGAACAGCUGCGCAGGAACAGCUGCGCAGGAACAGCUGCGCAGGAACAGCUGCGCAAAAACAGGUGCGCAGGAACAGCUGCGCAGGAACAGCUGCGCAGGAACAGCUGCGCAGAAACAGCUGCGCAGGAACAGCUGCGCAGAAACAGCUGCGCAGAAACAGCUGCGCAGAAACAGCUUCGCAGAAACAGCUGCGCAGGAACAGCUGCGCAGAAACAGCUGCGCAGAAACAGCUGCGCAGGAACAGCUGCGCAGAAAAAGCUGCGCAGAAACAGCUGCGCAGAAACAGCUGCGCAGGAACAGCUGCGCAGAAACAGCUGCGCAGAAACAGCUGCGCAGGAACAGCUGCGCAGAAGCAGCUGCGCAGAAGCAGCUGCGCAGAAGCAGCUGCGCAGAAGCAGCUGCGCAGAAACAGCUGCGCAGAAACAGCUGCGCAGAUACAGCUGCGCAGAUACAGCUGCGCUGAAACAGCUGCGCAGAAACAGCUGCGCAGAAACAGCUGCGCAGAAACAUCUGCGCAGGAACAGCUGCGCAGGAACAGCUGCGCAGGAACAGCUGCGCAGGAACAGCUGCGCAGGAACAGCUGCGCAGAAACAGCUGCGCAGAAACAGCUGCGCAGGAACAGCUGCGCAGGAACAGCUGCGCAGGAACAGCUGCGCAGGAACAGCUGCGCAGGAACAGCUGCGCAGGAACAGCUGCGCAGGAACAGCUGCGCAGGUACAGCUGCGCAGGAACAGCUGCGCAGGAACAGCUGCGCAGGAACAGCUGCGCAGGAACAGCUGCGCAGGAACAGCUGCGCAGGUACAGCUGCGCAGGAACAGUUGCGCAGGAACAGCUGCGCAGGAACAGCUGCGCAGAAACAGCUGCGCAGGAACAGCUGCGCAGAAACAGCUGCGCAGAAACAGCUGCGCAGGAACAGCUGCGCAGGAACAGCUGCGCAGGAACAGCUGCGCAGGAACAGCUGCGCAGGAACAGCUGCGCAGGAACAGCUGCGCAGGAACAGCUGCGCAGAAACAGCUGCGCAGAAACAGCUGCGCAGGAACAGCUGCGCAGAAACAGCUGCGCAGAAACAGCUGCGCAGAAACAGCUGCGCAGGAACAGCUGCGCAGGAACAGCUGCGCAGGAACAGCUGCGCAGGAACAGCUGCGCAGAAACUGCUGCGCAGAAACUGCUGCGCAGAAACAGCUGCGCAGAAACAGCUGCGAAGGAACAGCUGCGCAGAAACAGCUGCGCAGAAACAGCUGCGCAGAAACAGCUGCGCAGAAACAGCUGCGCAGAAACAGCUGCGCAGAAACAGCUGCGCAGGAACAGCUGCGCUGAAACAGCUGCGCAGAAACAGCUGCGCAGAAACAGCUGCGCAGGAACAGCUGCGCAGGAACAGCUGCGCAGGAACAGCUGCGCAGGAACAGCUGCGCAGGAACAGCUGCGCAGAAACAGCUGCGCAGGAACAGCUGCGCAGGAACAGCUGCGCAGGAACAGCUGCGCAGGAACAGCUGCGCAGAAACUGCUGCGCAGAAACUGCUGCGCAGAAACUGCUGCGCAGAAACAGCUGCGCAGAAACAGCUGCGCAGGAACAGCUGCGCAGGAACAGCUGCGCAGGAACAGCUGCGCAGGAACAGCUGCGCAGGAACAGCUGCGCAGGAACAGCUGCGCAGGAACAGCUGCGCAGAAACAGCUGCGCAGGAACAGCUGCGCAGAAACAGCUGCGCAGGAACAGCUGCGCAGAAACAACUGCGCAGAAACAACUGCGCAGAAACAGCUGCGCAGAAACAGCUGCGCAGAAACAGCUUCGCAGAAACAGCUGCGCAGAAACAGCGGCGCAGAAACAGCUGCGCAGGAACAGCUGCGCAGGAACAGCUGCGCAGAAACAGCUGCGCAGAAACAGCUGCGCAGGAACAGCUGCGCAGAAACAGCUGCGCAAAAACAGCUGCGCAGGAACAGCUGCGCAGAAACAGCUGCGCAGAAACAGCUGCGCAGAAACAGCUGCGCAGAAACAGCUGCGCAGAAACAGCUGCGCAGGAACAGCUGCGCAGAAACAGCUGCGCAGGAGCAGCUGCGCAGGAACAGCUGCGCAGGAACAGCUGCGCAGGAACAGCUGCGCAGGAACAGCUGCGCAGGAACAGCUGCGCAGGAACAGCUGCGCAGGAACAGGUGCGCAGGAACAGGUGCGGAGGAACAGGUGCGCAGGAACAGCUGCGCAGGAACAGGUGCGCAGGAGCAGGUGCGCAGGAACAGCUGCGCAGGAACAGCUGCGCAGGAACAGCUGCGCAGGAACAGGUGCGCAGGAACAGGUGCGCAGGAACAGGUGCGCAGGAACAGCUGCGCAGAAACAGCUACGCAGAAACAGCUGCGCAGAAACAGCUGCGCAGAAACAGCUGCGCAGAAACAGCUGCGCAGAAACAGCUGCGCAGAAACAGCUGCGCAGAAACAGCUGCGCAGAAACAGCUCCGCAGAAACAGCUGCGCAGAGACAGCUGCGCAGAGACAGCUGCGCAGAGACAUCUGCGCAGUUACAGCUGCGCAGAAACAGCUGCGCAGAAACAGCUGCGCAGAAACAGCUGCGCAGAAACAGCUGCGCAGAAACAGCUGCGCAGAAACAGCUGCGCAGAAACAGCUGCGCAGAAACAGCUGCGCAGGAACAGAUGCGAAGAAACAGCUGCGCAGAAACAGCUGCGCAGAAACAGCUGCGCAGAAACAGCGGCGCAGAAACAGCGGCGCAGAAACAGCUGCGCAGGAACAGCUGCGCAGGAACAGCUGCGCAGAAACAGCUGCGCAGAAACAGCUGUGCAGGAACAGCUGCGCAGAAACAGCUGCGCAGAAACAGCUGCGCAGAAACAGCUACGCAGGAACAGCUGCGCAGGAACAGCUGCGCAGGAACAGCUGCGCAGAAACAGCUGCGCAGAAACAGCUGCGCAGAAACAGCUGCGCAGAAACAGCUUCGCAGAAACAGCUGCGCAGGAACAGCUACGCAGAAACAGCUGCGCAGAAACAGCUGCGCAGAAACAGCUGCGCAGAAACAGCUGCGCAGAAACAGCUGCGCAGAAACAGCUGCGCAGAAACAGCUGCGCAGAGACAGCUGCGCAGAGACAGCUGCGCAGAAACAGCUGCGAAGAAACAGCUGCGCAGAAACAGCUGCGCAGAAACAGCUGCGCAGAAAAAGCUGCGCAGAAACAGCUGCGCAGAAACAGCUGCGCAGAAACAGCUGCGCAGAAACAGCUGCGCAGAAACAGCUGCGCAGAAACAGCUGCGCAGAAACAGCGGCGCAGAAACAGCGGCGCAGAAACACUCUAUAGCCUCCGGUUACAGGAGCGUACCUCCAUGUUCAAUGUUUUUUGGGCAGUUGAACAUCUGCGCGGAGACGGCUGCGCAGAAGCGGCUGCGCGGAAGCGGCUGCGCGGAAACGGCUGCGCGGAAACGGCUGCGCGGAAACGGCUGCGCGAGAACAGCUGCGCGAGAACAGGUGCGCGGGAACAGCUGCGCGGGAACAGCUGCGCAGGAACAGCUGCGCAGGAACAGCUGCGCAGGAACAGCUGCGCAGGAACAGGUGCGCAAAAACAGGUGCGCAGGAACAGGUGCGCAGGAACAGCUGCGCAGGAACAGCUGCGCAGGAACAGCUGCGCAGGAACAGCUGCGCAGGAACAGCUGCGCAGAAACAGCUGCGCAGGAACAGCUGCGCAGGAACAGCUGCGCAGAAACAGCUGCGCAGAAACAGCUGCGCAGAAACAGCUGCGCAGAAACAGCUUCGCAGAAACAGCUGCGCUGGAACAGCUGCGCAGAAACGGCUGCGCAGAAACGGCUGCGCAGAAACGGCUGCGCAGAAACGGCUGCGCAGAAACGGCUGCGCAGAAACGGCUGCGCAGAAACGGCUGCGCAGAAAAGGCUGCGCAGAAACGGCUGCGCAGAAACGGCUGCGCAGAAACGGCUGCGCAGAAGCGGCUGCGCAGAAACGGCUGCGCAGAAGCGGCUGCGCAGAAGCAGCUGCGCAGAAGCAGCUGCGCAGAAGCAGCUGCGCAGAAGCAGCUGCGCAGAAGCAGCUGCGCAGAAGCAGCUGCGCAGAAGCAGCUGCGCAGAAGCAGCUGCGCAGAAACAGCUGCGCGGAUACAGCUGCGCAGAUACAGCUGCGCAGAAACAGCUGCGCAGAAACAGCUGCGCAGAAACAGCUGCGCAGAAACAGCUGCGCAGAAACAGCUGCGCAGGAACAGCUGCGCAGGAACAGCUGCGCAGGAACAGCUGCGCAGGAACAGCUGCGCAGGAACAGCUGCGCAGGAACAGCUGCGCAGGAACAGCUGCGCAGGAACAGCUGCGCAGGAACAGCUGCGCAGGAACAGCUGCGCAGGUACAGCUGCGCAGGAACAGCUGCGCAGAAACAGCUGCGCAGGAACAGCUGCGCAGGAACAGCUGCGCAGGAACAGCUGCGCAGGAACAGCUGCGCAGGUACAGCUGCGCAGGAACAGCUGCGCAGGAACAGCUGCGCAGGAACAGCUGCGCAGGAACAGCUGCGCAGAAACAGCUGCGCAGGAACAGCUGCGCAGAAACAGCUGCGCAGGAACAGCUGCGCAGAAACAGCUGCGCAGGAACAGCAGCGCAGGAACAGCUGCGCAGGAACAGCUGCGCAGGAACAGCUGCGCAGAAACAGCUGCGCAGAAACAGCUGCGCAGGAACAGCUGCGCAGAAACAGCUGCGCAGAAACAGCUGCGCAGGAACAGCUGCGCAGGAACAGCUGCGCAGGAACAGCUGCGCAGGAACAGCUGCGCAGAAACAGCUGCGCAGGAACAGCUGCGCAGAAACAGCUGCGCAGAAACAGCUGCGCAGAAACAGCUGCACAGAAACAGCUUCGCAGAAACAGCUGCGCAGGAACAGCUGCGCAGAAACAGCUGCGCAGAAACAGCUGCGCAGGAACAGCUGCGCAGAAAAAGCUGCGCAGAAACAGCUGCGCAGAAACAGCUGCGCAGGAACAGCUGCGCAGAAACAGCUGCGCAGAAACAGCUGCGCAGGAACAGCUGCGCAGAAACAGCUGCGCAGAAACAGCUGCGCAGAAACAGCUGCGCAGAAACAGCUGCGCAGAAACAGCUGCGCAGAAACAGCUGCGCAGGAACAGCUGCGCAGAAACAGCUGCGCAGGAGCAGCUGCGCAGGAACAGCUGCGCAGGAACAGCUGCGUAGGAACAGCUGCGCAGGAACAGCUGCGCAGGAACAGGUGCGCAGGAACAGCUGCGCAGGAACAGGUGCGGAGGAACAGGUGCGCAGGAACAGCUGCGCAGGAACAGGUGCGCAGGAGCAGGUGCGCAGGAACAGCUGCGCAGGAACAGCUGCGCAGGAACAGCUGCGCAGGAACAGGUGCGCAGGAACAGGUGCGCAGGAACAGCUGCGCAGAAACAGCUGCGCAGAAACAGCUGCGCAGAAACAGCUGCGCAGGAACAGCUGCGCAGAAACAGCUGCGCAGAAACAGCUGCGCAGAAACAGCUGCGCAGAAACAGCUGCGCAGAAACAGCUGCGCAGAAACAGCUGCGCAGAAACAGCUGCGCAGAGACAGCUGCGCAGAGACAGCUGCACAGAGACAGCUGCGCAGAAACAGCUGCGCAGAUACAGCUGCGCAGAAACAGCUGCGCAGAAACAGCUGCGCAGAAACAGCUGCGCAGAAACAGCUGCGCAGAAACAGCUGCGCAGAAACAGCUGCGCAGAAACAGAUGCGCAGAAACAGCUGCGCAGAAACAGCUGCACAGAAACAGCUGCGCAGAAACAGCUGCGCAGAAACAGCUGCGCAGAAACAGCUGCGCAGAAACAGCUGCGCAGAAACAUCUGCGCAGAAACAGCUGCGCAGAAACAGAUGCGCAGAAACAGCUGCGCAGAAACAGCUGCGCAGAAACAGCGGCGCAGAAACAGCGGCGCAGAAACACUCUAUAGCCUCCGGUUACAGGAGCGUACCUCCAUGUUCAAUGAUUUUUGGGCAGUUGAACAUGUAAAGUUGAAUCCCGUACGCGCGUGGUGCGGGGGAACAGGUGCGCAGGAACAGCUGCGCAGGAACAGCUGCGCAGGAACAGCUGCGCAGGAACAGCUGCGCAGGAACAGGUGCGCAGGAGCAGGUGCGCAAAAACAGGUGCGCAAAAACAGGUGCGCAGGAAUAGGUGCGCAGGAACAGGUGCGCAGGAACAGCUGCGCAGGAACAGCUGCGCAGGAACAGCUGCGCAGGAACAGCUGCGCAGGAACAGGUGCGCAGGAACAGCUGCGCAGGAACAGCUGCGCAGGAACAGCUGCGCAGGAACAGCUGCGCAGGAACAGCUGCGCAGAAACAGCUGCGCAGAAACAGCAGCGCAGAAACAGCUGCGCAGAAACAGCCGCGCAGAAACAGCCUCGCAGAAACAGCCGCGCAGAAACAGCCGCGCAGCAACAGCCGCGCAGCAACAGCCGCGCAGGAACAGCCGCGCAGGAACAGCCGCGCAGGAACAGCCGCGCAGGAACAGCUGCGCAGGAACAGCUGCGCAGGAACAGCUGCGCAGAAACAGCUGCGCAGAAACAGCUGCGCAGGAACAGCUGCGCAGGAACAGCUGCGCAGGAUCAGCUGCGCAGAAACAGCUGCGCAGAAACAGCUGCGCAGGAACAGCUGCGCAGGAACAGCUGCGCAGAAACAGCUGCGCAGAAACAGCUGCGCAGAAACAGCUGCGCAGAAACAGCUGCGCAGGAACAGCUGCGCAGAAACAGCUGCGCAGAAACAGCUGCGCAGAAACAGCUGCGCAGGAACAGCUGCGCAGAAACAGCUGCGCAGAAACAGCUGCGCAGAAACAGCUGCGCAGAAACAGCUUCGCAGAAACAGCUGCGCAGAAACAGCUGCGCAGAAACAGCUGCGCAGAAACAGCUGCGCAGGAACAGCUGCGCAGAAACAGCUGCGCAGAAACAGCUGCGCAGAAACAGCUGCGCAGGAACAGCUGCGCAGAAACAGCUGCGCAGAAACAGCUGCGCAGGAACGGCUGCGCAGAAACAGCUGCGCAGAAACAGCUGCGCAGAAACAGCUUCGCAGAAACAGCUGCGCAGGAACAGCUGCGCAGAAACAGCUGCGCAGAAGCAGCUGCGCAGAAACAGCUGCGCAGAAACAGCUGCGCAGAAACAGCUGCGCAGAAACAGCUGCGCAGAAACAGCUGCGCAGGAACAGCUGCGCAGAAACAGCUGCGCAGGAGCUGCUGCGCAGGAACAGCUGUGCAGGAGCAGCUGCGCAGGAACAGCUGCGCAGGAACAGCUGCGCAGGAACAGCUGCGCAGGAACAGCUGCGCAGGAACAGCUGCGCAGGAACAGCUGCGCAGGAACAGGUGCGCAGGAACAGGUGCGCAGGAACAGCUGCGCAGGAACAGCUGCGCAGGAACAGGUGCGCACGAACAGCUGCGCAGGAACAGGUGCGCAGGAACAGGUGCGCAGGAACAGGUGCGCAGGAACAGCUGCGCAGGAACAGGUGCGCAGGAACAGCUGCGCAGGAACAGCUGCGCAGGGACAGCUGCGCAGGAACAGGUGCGCAGGAACAGGUGCGCAGGAACAGCUGCGCAGUAACAGCUGCGCAGAAACAGCUGCGCAGAAACAGCCGCGCAGAAACAGCUGCGCAGAAACAGCUGCGCAGAAACAGCUGCGCAGAAACAGCUGCGCAGAAACAGCUGCGCAGAAACAGCUGCGCAGAGACAGCUGCGCAGAGACAGCUGCGCAGAGACAGCUGCGCAGAGACAGCUGCGCAGAAACAGCUGCGCAGAAACAGCUGCGCAGAAACAGCUGCGCAGAAACAGCUGCGCAGAAACAGCUGCGCAGAAACAGCUGCGCAGAAACAGCUGCGCAGAAACAGCUGCGCAGAAACAGCGGCGCAGAAACACUCUAUAGCCUCCGGUUACAGGAGCGUACCUCCAUGUUCAAUGUUUUUUGGGCAGUUGAACAUCUGCGCGGAGACGGCUGCGCAGAAGCGGCUGCGCGGAAGCGGCUGCGCGGAAACGGCUGCGCGGAAACGGCUGCGCGGAAACGGCUGCGCGGAAACGGCUGCGCGGGAACGGCUGCGCGGGAACGGCUGCGCGGGAACAGGUGCGCGGGAACAGGUGCGCGGGAACAGGUGCGCGGGAACAGCUGCGCAGGAACAGCUGCGCAGGAACAGGUGCGCAGGAACAGGUGCGCAGGAACAGGUGCGCAGGUACAGGUGCGCAGGAACAGGUUCGCAGGAACAGGUGCGCAGGAACAGCUGCGCAGGAACAGCUGCGCAGGAACAGGUGCGCAGGAACAGCUGCGCAGGAACAGCUGCGCAGGAACAGCUGCGCAGGAACAGCUGCGCAGGAACAGCUGCGCAGAAACAGCUGCGCAGAAACAGCUGCGCAGAAACAGCCGCGCAGAAACAGCCUCGCAGAAACAGCCUCGCAGAAACAGCCGCGCAGAAUCAGCCGCGCAGAAACAGCCGCGCAGGAACAGCCGCGCAGGAACAGCCGCGCAGGAACAGCUGCACAGGAACAGCUGCGCAGGAACAGCUGCGCAGGAACAGCUGCGCAGGAACAGCUGCGCAGGAACAGCUGCGCAGGAACAGCUGCGCAGAAACAGCGGCGCAGAAACAGCGGCGCAGAAACACUCUAUAGCCUCCGGUUACAGGAGCGUACCUCCAUGUUCAAUGUUUUUUGGGCAGUUGAACAUGUAA